AUGAUCAAAGGCGGUGGCAUCAUCAUCGGUGUCUGCGUCGGCGUUGUCGCCUUCGUAGCCGGCUGGGCCUGUUUCUGGGGUUGGCUCCGCAGUGCAGAGGAAGAGGUCGAAGUGCAAGCCGUGUUGGGAGCACUCGAGCUGGAUGGCAUGCAAGAGCAUUAUCAGCAGAGAAGGCAGAGCAUGCACCGGCAGCCGCAGCAGAGCGUCAGUGGUCCAGCGGUCGAAUAA